AUGGGGGAGCGGCGGAUCUCCUUGGACCCACGCGCCUUCACGGGGCGUCACCCGUGGAGUGCGAUUGACCGCCUGGAGGAUGAGAAGGCUGCCCUCACCUUGGCCAUGGCCGACCACCUGCGGGACUAUCAGGAGCUGGUGCAGGUGAAGACCAGCCUCAGCCUGGAGGUGGCAACCUAUAGAGCCUUAUUGGAAGGAGAAAGUAAUCCAGAGAUACGGAUCCUGGCUGAGCGCAUGGAACACCUGCCUCGAGAGUUCAGAACCACGGCCUACCAGCACACCCACUUGGCGUUACAGAGGGAAAUGAGGGAAAACGAGAGAAAUCUGUUUCUGAGGCACAAGCCGCCCCCCGGGAGUGUCCGUCGCAGCUGGACACGCUGCCUCCCGGGCCCGGGAUCUCCUGUCCUGCCCACCGCCCGGCGGGAGACCGCCUACGAGAAAACUGCCAACAGUCAAACCAGUUUCAGGACUUUCUCUCCCAUGUCCGGGCUUUCAAGGAAAGCCGAGGUGCCCGCGCAGACAUUCCCUGGGAGGCCGAGAAUGGAUGGUCCCAAGGCACGUCUAGCCAGAGAGGCCAGCCCCUCCCGUGAGUCCCACCGUGACCGCAGGGACCGAGUGGCGGUGGGUGCCUCCGAGAGCGCCUGGUCCGAGGAGAAGAUCGUCGUUUUGGGAAAGAAAAGGGAAGCUCCGGCCGCGAGGGAGCAGGAGAGAAACCGGCCGGUGACCAUCCACGUGAAGCGAGAAGAGAAGAUGUUUGACUCGAAGGAGAAGGCUUCGGAGGAGAGGAACCUACGGUGGGAGGAGCUGACAAAGUUGGAUAAAGAAGCGAGGAAGAGGGAGAGCGAGCUCAUGAGGGACAAGGCGAAAGGGAGGGAGCCCCCCAAAGAGACGGGUGUGCGGGCGAGAGAGAUACCGAUCCGCCUGGAAGUGUCCCGGGACAGCCGGGCAGAGGAGGGGGCCCCCCGAGGGGCCCGGACGCCCCUACAAAAGGAUGCAGGUGGUGGUCCGGGGGGAGGGAUGGACACGCGGAGAGAGACGAGGUUCGGGCUGGACACCAGGGAGGCCGCGGGCUCGCCGAGCGGCGAUGCCACGACGGAAACCAUCGCGGAGAGCAUCGUGUCCAGCGUGCUGAAGCGGUUCACCCAGUCGCCGGAGACCGAGGCCUUUCCGGACACGAAGGUCACGUAUGUGGGCCGGAGGGAGCUUCCCGGGGACAAGGGAACCAAGACGGAGAUCGUGGUGGAGUCGAGACGGACGGAGGAGAUCGACAUGAGGGACGGAGCCAGCCUGGACUCCCUUCUGGGCCAGGGCAGGAAGGCCGAGGUGGAGCUGAAGGCCAAGUCCACAGAGCGGAUGAUCGGGGACCUCAUCAGUCUCGGUCUGAAGGGGAGGGAGGGCAGGGCCAAGGUGGUCAACGUGGAGAUCGUGGAAGAGCCCGUGAGCUACGUGGCGGGCGGGAGGACGGAGGAGUUUUCCACCCCCUUCCGAGUGGAGGAGGCCGACGACGUGUCUCCGGGGUUCGGGAAGGAGGAGGAGGGCGUUUAUGGCGAAACGGAGGUCGCGUUCUCAGCGGCUCGACGUCAGAAAUCCACGCCGCCCCCGGGGAACGCGACGCGGGUGGAAGAAGUGACGGAGGCAGGUGACUCGGAGGAAGAGCAGAGUUAUUUCGUGUCCACCCCGGAGGAGGGCCCCGAGGGCCGUGACUUCGGGCAGGACAGGGACGAGGGCUCGGUGUACGGGCAGAUCCACAUCGAAGAGGAGUCCACCAUCCGGUACUCCUGGCAGGACGAAAUCGUGCCGGCGUCCCGGAGGAGGCUCGAGGGGGACGGAGCGGCGGCCUCCUGGGGAGAGACGGUGGGGAAGCCCCCGGGUACCCCGGCAUCCUCUCCGGAGGCGGAGGUGGGCUCCCCGCACUGGAUCGAGGAGACGACCAGCGGCGAGUUUCACGCCGAGGCCACGGUCAUCGACAAGGAGAUUAAAAUCCCGCACCAGUUCCACACGUCCAUCAACAGAGACUUCAGGGAGCCCAGGCACCAGCUGGUGGAGGUGAUGGAGCAGUUGGAGGAGAGCCUCCCGGAGCGGGUGAGGGAGGAGCUGUCCGCCCUCACCGCCCAGGACCAGGGCGGGCUGGGCGGCCGCCUCUCGGUGGACGUGAAGAAAGUCCAGCCCUCGGGCGGCGGGGCCAUGACCCUAGUGGCCGAAGUCAACCUGUCCCAGACCGUGGACACCGACCAGCUAGACCUGGAGGAGCUGAGCAGAGACGACGCGGGUGAGAUAGAGCGAGCCGUGGAGGCCGUGGUGCGAGGCAGCCUGGCCCAGCGACGCAGCCCGGGACCCGGGAGCCCAGACGGGGAUGCUGGAGCGUCACCACCAGCGACCGGCUUGGGCUUCAAGCGCUGGGCCACCCAGGAGCUGUACAGCGCCUCCGCCGAGGACGAUGACGCCAGCUGGGCCUCUCGCAGCUCGGAGACGGUCACCACCACGCAGGGGCCGGUGUCGGCCACCGUGGAGGUCACCAGCCCGCGGGGCUUUGCCCGCUCGCACGUGCUGGAGGACGUCAGCUCGUCUGUGAGACACAUUAAAAUCGGCCCCCCUGGAGUUUGGAGGACCGAGCAGGUCCCCCCCGAAGGACCGGCUGCAGGACAGAUGGACGCGAGUCCCACGGAGGCGGCCCCCCGCUGGGCCCGAGAGGCCACGGUCCUCUUCGCCACAGGGACGGAAGGGGAUGCUCACGGCAGCACCUGGAGGGAGGCCAGCCGUGAGGAGGACCAGGCCGCCCGCGUGGCCUCCCGGGAGCAGGCUGUGUUCGACAGGACAGUGCAGCUGCAGAGGAUGGUGGACCAGAGGUCGGUGGUCUCGGACGAGAAGAAAGUGGCCGUCCUCUAUCUAGACAAUCAGGCGGACGAGGACGACGGGCACUGGUUUUGAUGACGUCUUUGUGUUCGAGGGUAUUUGGUUUCGUAAUGUACCAACACGCAGAGGCCUUGGCUCAUUGUAGGCGGGUGUGUGUUUGUGUGAAGUUCCUACUCUUUACUGAAACCUCCCCCUUCUUUUUAAUUUCUCCAAAGAGGGCGCCAGGUAAUGUCAACUUUCUUUGCAGCCUGGAAAGGUGUCGAAUGAAUGAAUGAAUGCGUGUCUUAAAAGGCGCUGGAGUUUUAUCUGAGUUGGGGCUUUUCAAAAAUACCGUUGAUCUUUGUGGUCUUAAAAGUUUUUUGUUUUUUUAAAAAAAUAUAUUUUUAUUGGUUUGGGAGAGGGAGAGAGAGAUAGAAACAUCCAUGA